CAGUAGCCUGUUGUGACUAAUCAGUGUACUGAUGAUCCAAGCCUUGCUGUUGUACAGACAGGGUCAUUUGAAAUCCACCUUAUGGUUGCACAGAUUAUCAACAACCUACCAGCUUAACAAAAACAAGUGCCCGCUUGCAUACGUCAACCACCGUUUCCUGCCAUAUGGGAGCUCAAAGCACGGCCCAUGCAGUUAACUCACGGGAGGGAGAUUGUGCACACCUGCAGGAAGGUGAAACUCCGACGACAAGAAACCAGUCGGCUUCUGGGUUUGAUGGCUUUGUGACCUCCAACAGAGAUUACGAAGAAGGAGGUCGACAGAUGGAGCAUGAUUCAGUAAAGAAUUCAGUGUUGUGCACAAAAAGUUAUUUGCCAGUGUCAGUGAUAAGGAGAUUUUGUGACGACAAUUCCAAACCUCUUCUCAACAUAGUACCACUUUUGAUUGGUUGGGUAAUUGACCAUGUCAUUGGUUUUCCACCAAGUGUGAAGAGGUAAUGUCACGUUGAUCUCUAAAAAAUAUUCAGCAAAUCCCUAAUCAGCAUUAAUAUACUUCUUCGUGCUAGAC